GCUCCAGCGAGGAACAGAAUGUGGCUUCAGUUGAAGGCGGCAACAGCGACGACGCUUCUCCCAAACUUCCUAAAGUAUUUCCAAACUGUGGAUUUCCUUUCCUUCUGUUUUUCAACAACGCCAAAUAAGCUCGCUCGGAUUAACACUUUUUAAAAGGAAUAACUUGUUUUCUCAUUAACAAGUGGCUGACUGCAGCUCGGGUCCCCAUGCUCUGCCUCGUGAGUGCUGCUUGGCCUGCUGAGCCUGAGGGUGCCGGUGUGUCCGUACUGGGCUGCAGCUAAGGCAGGGACACAGUGACUGGUGGUGGUGGUAGUAUCAUCAUCUGUGUCUGCGGUGGUGGAGGCGGGUCGUCAGAGGGCCCGGAGCCUCGGUAGCAGGCGGAGGGGCCUGUCCUGUCUCAGCCACACGAAGAUGAACAAAUUGAGCUUCCACAACAACAAAACCAUGCAGGACCGCCGCUGCGUCUGUGUCUUUUUGCCCAAUGAUGACACGCUCAAUGUCAUAGUCAAUGUGAAGACCUUGUGCCAGGAACUGUUGGUGCAGGUGUGUGACCUCCUGAGGCUGAAGGACUGUCACCUGUUUGGACUCAGCGUUAUUCAGAAUAAUGAACACAUCUAUAUGGAGCUGGAUCAGAAGCUAUCCAAGUACUGCCCCAAAGAAUGGAAGAGAGAAGCCAGCAAGGGCAUCGAUCAGUUUGGCCCUCCGAUGAUCAUUCACUUCAGAGCUCAGUAUUACGUUGAGAACGGGAGAUUGAUCAGUGACCGGGCAGCCAGGUACUACUACUACUGGCACUUGAGGAAACAGGUGCUGCUCUCACAGUGUAUCCAAAGGGAGGAGGCCUACUUCCUCCUGGCAGCCUUCGCCCUGCAGGCCGACCUCGGCAACUUCAAACGCAACAAGCACUUUGGGAAGUACUUUGAACCUGAAGCCUACUUCCCCCCAUGGGUGAUAGCCAAGCGCGGCCGUGAGUAUAUCUUGAGGCAUAUCCCGAACAUGCACAAAGACCAGUUUGCUCUCACAGCUUCGGAGGCGCAUCUCAAAUACAUCAAGGAGUGUGCCCAGCUUGAUGACGUCACUGUUCACUACUACAGACUCUACAAGGACAAGAAGGAAGUAGAGGCAUCUCUUACUUUGGGACUGACUUUACGUGGUAUCCAAAUAUUUCAGAACGUCGGGUCCGUGAGGCAGCUGCUGUACGACUUCCCCUGGACCAACGUGGGAAAACUGGUAUUUGUGGGAAAGAAGUUUGAAAUCCUUCCUGAUGGCCUGCCCUCGGCCCGUAAGCUCAUCUACUACACAGGCUGUCCCUUACGCUCUCGCCACCUCCUGCAGCUGCUCAGCAACAGCCACCGGCUCUACAUGAACCUGCAGCCUGUUCUCAAACAAGUCCGCCGGUUGGAGGAAAAUGAAGAGAAGAAGCAGUACAGGGAGUCGUACAUCAGCGACGCUCUCGAACUGGACAUGGACCAGCUGGACAAACGUUCCCGGGCCAGCGGCAGCAGCGCAGGGAGCAUGUCUCAUCACAAACGCCUGUCCCGCCACUCCACCACCAGCCACGGCAGUUCACACACCUCCGGCAUCGAGACGGACAGCUUCAGGGCCCCGGGUCAGGCCCCACACAGGCCCCUACGGACCUGCAGCUCGUCCACAACCAGCCACGGGAGCUCGCACACCUCCGGCAUCGAGAGCAGCGGCAAGGAGCGCAUACUAGAUGAUGACGAGAUUGAGAUGCUGGUGGAUGACCCCAAAGACUAUGAGGAGCUCCAUGAGAUGGCUCUGGACCAGGAGCUGUGUAUCCACAUCACAGAGGACAUGUUGACCAUGUCUCCUGAUCAGACCAAUGGAUACUCAGGACUGAUAGUAAAAGACGUCAGCUCCUCCACCUCCAGCUCCUCUGAGACCGUCGUCAAGAUGAGAGGACAGAGCAUCGAGUCUCUGCCGCAGACGUCUGCAUGCAGGAAGCCUCAGUCUUCAACCGACCGACACAGCCAGUCUCUUGACGACGUCCGGCUCUACCAGAAGGACUGCCUACAGUGGGCGGAGCUCUGCCAGGACACCGCCCACAGCUACACAUUCGGCUGCGCCCAGGAGCUGAGUGACGGCGGCGGAGGCGGCUAUCAGGGCCUCGCCGACCAGCGCGCCGGCAUGCUUGGCGAGCAGCACCCGUUUCCCAUCAAGAGAACCAACAAGUACUUCUCCCUGGACCUGACCAGCGACGAGGUUCCCGAGUUCGUUGUGUGACGGAGGCGGAAACAAGGAGGCCUCAGGGUGCCCUGUUCGCUCCGCCGUGUCAGAUGUGGAGAUGUUUCAGCCCUCAGGGAACGAGACGAGAGAGGAGUGUUGGAGAGGCGGUUUCUAGGAUGAGUAAACUGGCAACAAGUCGGCUGUCCCUUCACUUACCACUUCAGACACAUAACGUAAUAAACAAACAAACAUGGAGGAUUCUGGCUCUAAAGGGAACUUAAAGAACGGACACCAAGUUCAAGAGAACCUGCGUAUUUAAAACGUAACCUGAGCUGCUCCCCUGUGUGAAAGGAAACAAAAGGGAUCCUGUCAUAUUCUUUAAUUAAAAAAACGUUUUUAUUCAAAUCUGUCUCCUCCAAACUGGUUUCAAGAACCACACGUGGUGUUUGCCUGCUUCAUUAAGUCAUAAACAGACUGUGUGUGUGUGCACGUUGGCUUACAGCAGACAGACUCAUGCACAGACAUGAAGAGCAUAUCAAAGAUUUUCUCUGGAGGACACAAAGGACAAAACGAGCUACGAACCAAAGUCAAGAAAUGGAAAUAAACAACUUUUUCUCGCAGUGUGCAACCAUGAUGAAUUUAAAGUCAUGGUGGGAGGGACGAUGAUCGCAUACGUCUUUGGUCUCUUCUUCUGCGCUGCUUCAUUUGACCUCAGCAGGAAGUGCAGUGUGCCAACUCCCCCCUCUCAGACUGGACUCUCAAUCAUGUGAACACACACCCGACGUGCCUUCAUCACACUAUGCAGGUGUCAAACCCUCGCCUUGACAAUCACACACCCUCACCUUAGUCAUUUCUAAAGAUCCAAGCCAUCAGAAUUCAAAGCUUCACAUGAUUUUUUUAAACGUUCACACACUUCAAGCCAGUUUUUCAGCUUCUUAAAUGUCAGAAAGACUCGAUUUCAAACUGUUUGAUGUCCUGUGAACUCCGACUGAGUUUCCCGGGGAGGAAUGAGGUCGAGUAGGUUCCUACAUGUCCCGACUUGCGUCGAGUUUGCGGCCACAAAAGCUUCCCUGUAAUCUAGACUCAAAAUGGAGCCCGGUUGGCUGAUGGCCAAAACAAACCGUACAUUUUGAUGCACACAUGUACGUCCUUCUUUCUGCUCAGUUGUUGUUCACUCUUUUGUUCUUCUGUUUCAUUUCAUCCAUUGUUUUAAACUGGAAUUUGUUACAUUUUUUAUUUUGCAUCCUCUCGUUUUACCUGAAUUCUCUUUACAUGUUGUGUUUUUGUAUGAACUCUCCAGACUCGUGUAUGUCAAGCAGUUAUUCUGAUGUCAUUCAGUAUUACAAGCAAAUGUAUGUGACAGUAUUAAGGACGUGUGAUGUUAGUGGAACAAGAAAGACUGGUUUUAUCAUUUUUAAUCCCACAGUCAAAUUCAAUAGAACUGAAGCCUGUUGUGGCUGACAAGAUGUGUUACGAGCACUUAUUUCUCAUUAGUCACAUCUCAGAUUUCACAACACUACGACUGGUGUGAACGAGGGCAGGAAGGUGUUUUUACUCAUCAUUCAUGCAGCUCAGAUUCAAAGUGCCGCAGUUACAGCUUUGAUUUAAAACAGUGUCAAGCGUUUUUAAAGAUGCAACCAUAUUUUUUGGUACUGGUUUAUCAUGACCACACAACUACAUUUCGAUUACUGAAAAACAGUAGUUGAAAAGACUGGAUCAUGCUGUUCAUUAAAGGAAUAGUUCACCAUAUUGGGAAAUAUGUUUAUUCCUCUUUCAUGCUGAGAGUUAUAGGAGAAGCUCGAUACCACACACAUGUCUGUGCACUAAACAUGACGCUAUGGCCAGAAGACAAUUAGCUAAGCUUAGCAUCACGUCUGAAAAUGGGGCAAACAGCUAGCCUGGCUCUAUGUGAAGGCAACAGACAUCCUGUUUCCACCAAACACUUUCGGUAUGUAACCUUUGGAACCAAAAGCAACCCUUCAGACAUGGUACCUAGACCCUAGCGUUUCCAAACAUUACCCUUAAAUGUGGGCGGGGUUGUUGUCACUCACUGCUCCGUCCAGCACUCACUGUAUUUCCUCCUCUAUCAGUCUGCACCUUGUUUAUCGUCCACAGAAUGAGGCUGCACGCCGACAUUUUCUGAACAAAAUAAAACAGGCUGCAGUGAGAGUCUCUCUCCAUGGGAAAUUAAGAAAUAGCAGGUUUGUGCAUUUAGUCCUUCUCAGGCAAGCUCAGGGGUUUAGUGUUGCUGUAACCCACAGGAACGACACUCCACAACGCUGCUUUUUUCUAAGAGUGAGGAUUAGAAUAUAUGCAGCUCACAUAAUCCAGAUGAAAUUAAUAUAUAUAAACUCUUGAAGAUCCACUCAUUCACGUCGUCAACUCCUGCACUGAGUAACAUUACAAGUUAACGUUCCACCUUAAAAGUCGCCGGCAUUUGGCCCAGUGAAUUAAGUUAUUUGUUUCUCAGACUCCAGCUGCUGUGAGAGGCGGCAAAACGUCCUUUCAUUUUAUAGUUACAGUUUACUAAUAAAACUCUCCACAGUAUGAACAGUGGUUACAUGAGCCUCAAAACCAGCCACAACUCAGCCCUGAGCAGAGUGACCGUCCUCUACUGACCAAUCAGACUCCAGAUCUGUGUGCUAGGUACCCCAACAGAGGGGGGACCAAAAAUGGGGACAGUACGGAACGGUUACAUUGGUACUAUCGGAGAAAAAGCGUGCCGAACUGAACCAUAACGGGGCUAAAAUUCUCCUACCAGCACCUUUUAAGUCUCUAAUUAGCACCUGAUAUCUCAGUUGUUUAAUCUGUGUGAAUACUUGAGCUUUAGAGGAGUUAGUGGACAGAUUUUGUGACAGUUUGACAAAGCCACGCUUGCUGUUUCUAGUCUUAAUGCUAAGCUAAGCUAACUAGCUGCUGUUUAGCUUCUCAUCCAACUCUUUGCAAGAAAGUUAAACAGUGCCUAAAUGUCAAACUUUUCCUUUAAGUGUUAACUGUGUUACGUCAUCUGCAGAAGGGAUGUUAUAUUUAAAUUCUUACGUUUUUUGCCGUUGGCUGACGUCUUGAGCUGGGUCGAGACUCGUGUAACAAGAUGCCUGCUGACAAAAACAAACAAAUUACAUAAUUGUACAAACUCCAGCUACUUUUAUUUACUCUCUGACUUUGUAGCUAAGCUGUAUGAUGUGUGACUCACACGACACUUAGUGGCACUCAUUUUAGAUCUCUGUUGCUGUUUCGACCCCAGUUCAGCCUUAAGUCACCCCACGUCUCUUCAGUUCUCACAGACUGGCAAUACGGAGCAUCUGAACAAGGUUUUAAGAAACACAUUUAUGUAACACAUAACAAGUACAUGAAUUUGAUACCGCUAUGUAAUUAAAAACAACUUCUAUAUUUCCUACAGUUUUAUUUCUUUCACUGUUUUAAACGUAUAAUUAUUUCUACUCAUUAAUGGAAAGUGUCUAAAGUCAUAUUUUGAUGGACGAUGAUGUUUCUUAUAUUAAAACAGUAUGUGUUGAGGUACAUAGCCAUACAGUCAUAACCCAUGUCCUUAAAGUCUUCAUAAUUUGUUCUAACUUCAUUUUCUGACUUCAAUAUAUGGUCAUACUUACACUGAGUAAGAGUCUGUAUGUCUGUGUCCAUAAUCCUUUCUGUGAAAGGAUCUCCCUUCAGGAAAAAAUGAAAGAUUUUUUUUUUUGUCACCCUGUAGUUUAAAAAAAAAAAAUUGUUAUUAUGAAGUCUGGUCCGUGCCUUCUUGGUACUAAUGCCCUCAAUAUCCAAUAAAAAGGUACAUUUAUU